ACGCAUGACUCAUGCCUCAGAAUCAAAGUGCAUAUUACCGCAAUAACAGCAUGAGCAGAGCAGAAGAAGGAACCAAAAAUCACCACCCCCUUUCCAAACAAAAUAAACAACACUUCUUUACUUUCUCUCUUACACUUUUCCUUGUUCAUGAUUUUACUAGUACAAAAUUAUAGGACAACUUCAUAUUUAACAUGAGAUUUCCCCUUAUGCAAAAGGCCUCUGCAACAGUUCAAACAUGUAUUAUAGAGUAUGAGGUUAUAUAAUUUAAGAGCUUUUUUUCAUGUUUGUUGAAAUUUACAACUAAGGAAAUGGAGAAAGUUUGUGAAUUCUGCAAAGCAUUGAGGCCACUUGUUUACUGUAAUGCUGAUGCAGCAUAUCUUUGUCUAUCCUGUGAUGCAAAGGUCCAUUGGGCAAAUGAAUUGUCCGGACGACACCUCCGGACCCUCGUGUGUAACUCAUGUCGAUGUCAUCUUGCUUACGUUCAGUGCUUGGAUCACAAAAUGUUAAUCUGUCGAGACUGUGAUCAAAAUCUGCACGGUAGUUCUUCACCGCAUUGCAAACGAGCUGUUAACAGUUUCAUGGGUUGUCCUUCUGCUAUAGAGUUUGCAACACUCUGGGGAUUUGAAUUUAAGGAGAUUGAAAAAAGUGUGAAUCACAAGGAUCAGUUUGCAUCUAGUUCUUGUGUUUUUACGGAUGUGAAUGAGGUUCGAAUCUCGGGAAAGCGUCACAUUCAAACUAGCAUCCCUUCAACCAAAUUUGACAAGGAAUCCAGCAGUCAACUAGGCCAGGUCUUGUACAGGGAUCAAGAGAGGCAAACUAUUCUGCAGCAGAUUGUUGAUUUAAAACGAUUUCAACAAACUGAGGAGAGUAACCAUUCUCCUUCAGUGUAUGAAAAAUUCAAUCAGCAAGCACAAAAAUCCCAAGAUUUUGCUACUAAUCAUCCAGAGGAAGACAAACAUAUUGGGGAGCUAAAUCCCGAAAGUUUCUGUUCGGCAUUUUCUCAACUUGAUAAUAUGUCUUCAUCUAAUUCAGUUAUGGAACUUCCCUUGCAUGGAGAGUUGUUUUGGACUUGCAAAAGUUCACUUCAAAGUAAUCAGCUGUGGUCCCAAAAUAUUCAAGACCUGGGAAUAUGCGAAGAACUUGUUUGUCGAGAUGAUUUUAACAUACCCGAUGUCGACUUAACAUUCCAAAACUUUGAGGAACUAUUUGGAGGAGAUCAAGAUCCAAUUAGAGUAAUGUUUGGUGGCAAAGAAACCUCUUGCUCUUCUUUGGAGGAUGAUAUAUCAGUUGAUAAGUCAGAUAUUGACAAUCCAAGUGCAAUGGAGGUCUGAAUUUCUAUCUUUAUUCAACACAUUUUCACUUCCUCUCAGUGAAUUGGUGAUUCAAGUGCUGCUGCAUCAGACCAUAAUAGAAAAUCAUCGUACGAUUUGUAUGAUCUUAAGCCGAAUACAAACAGGAGCUUACAACUUCUAUUGAAAGAGGAAAACGUGAAACUCACCAAGUUUAUACAUGAAUUAUAUUGACAUAAACCCAUUGUUAUUGAUUGUGCCAAAUAUUUACUUAAAUUAGAAAUGUACCAUAUAUACAGUAAAAUUGUUGCAUUCAAGAUUCAUAAACCGUGGUAAAAUAUUACUCCAAAUCAAAACUGAGUUUACUUGAACUAUUGCACUUCCUGUCUUUAGUUUUGCAGCUAUUUAUAUAAUACCAUAAAAGAAGUAUUGGGUGGCUGCUA